AUGAUCCAUAACGGGCAUUCAGAAAUACGAGCGUGUUCACUUCCCCCUGAAAAUGCUGCAAUUGUAAGCGGAUUUUAUCCUCCUCGGAAUGACAAAGUGGAACAUCUCUAUCAAAAGAACCCGAAUAUUAUCACCACUGGAGGAAAAAUAAGGCUUCCUACAAGUGUUGAUUUGGGCCUUCCAGAGGAAAUUUUUCCCCUUGGAAGUGACUUUGAUCCAUCAUCUCCUACAUCUGCGGAUGGGCUGCAUGUAAAUAAUAAGCUUUCUCCCAGCGAUUGUAGUAGUGCAUUUACUGAUGAAGAUAGCGGAUGUCAAAUGUACUACUUUGGAAAUGCUCUUCGAAUCGUUCCGAAAAGUCGAAUGAGUAGGGCCUGCUCUAUUUCUACUCUGGAUUCUCCUUCUGUUCAGUCAUUCCAGAAUAGAGAUGAAUUCCUAGCCGCAAUGACAGAAGAUCUUGCGGAUUGGUUGUCCCGACUUUAUCCAGAGAUUGCUAAUGACAUUGACCCAGAAAAAUUCUUUGAUAGAAUAUCUGAUGGUGUUCUUCUUUGUCACCAUGCUACUAAACUUCAUGGUCUCUUAGCAGAAGAAUUUCCUAUAAAUUCCGACAACGGUGAAAGAAGAUUAGAGGGUCUUCAAAUCGGGGGAGUUAAACCGAUUCUUCCUCCUAACCCUCCAAAAUUUCAAUCCCGAAGUUUCAGUUCUGUUAAUUUAGCCGGUGGCAGCUUCUGGGCUCGUGAUAAUGUAGCCAAUUUUAUUCACUGGUGCCGAGCGAUGCGAUUGCCGGAUUGUAUUCUGUUCGAGACAGAAGAUCUCGUCUCCAAAAAGAAUCUCCGAAGCGUAAUAAUCUGCCUUCUAGAAUUGGCUCGCAUUGGAGGUCGAGUCGGUAUGGAAGUUCCUGAAAUUGUCUACUUGGAGAAGGAAAUUGACGACGAAAUCGCCUUAGGAGAUCGAGCUUUCGUGAGUGAUUGUGAAAUUACCACUUUGAAUUUGCCUUCCUUCGAUUGGUCUGGUGAUACCAACGAUUUGGAGCACAAAUCCAGUAGUAUCUCUAUCGGGACGGAUGAUGUUACUAGUUCCGAUGUGGCUACUGAAGUUAGCGUAUCUCAGAUUCCCCAUCCUGUUUUAAAGAAGACGGAGAAUCGAUCAACAAAGGCCUCUCUCCUUAGAGAAAAAAGUGUGAAGGAAGCUAUAGAGAAGAAAAAACAAGAAGCUCACGCAACGAAACACCAGGAAGUAGAGGAAACGGAAACAGUCAAAAAGCGCUACAACCGCCCAGUUGUUGACAUGCGUUCUCUAGAUGAAAUAGUGAGUCGCUUCUCAUCUUUUCUUUCCAUUGAUCUCUCUCUUCCCUGA